GCUAAAAGUUAAAGAAACAAAAGUUAUUUGGUGCAAAGAGGAGGUAACAUAUGGAGGAGGCACAUAAGGGGGAUGAAGACAAAGAGAAAAGAGGGGAAGAAGUGAAAUACCGCGGCGUGAGAAGGAGGCCAUGGGGUAAGUUCGGAGCAGAGAUCAGAGACCCAACGAAACCUACAGGAAGACAAUGGUUAGGAACAUUUGACACGGCGGAAGAAGCUGCUAGAGCUUAUGAUCGUGCAGCCAUUGAAUUGAGGGGUGUUCUUGCAAUCCUUAAUUUUCCAGAUGAGUGCUAUUCUCAACUCCCUUUUGUAUCAUCAAACCCUACUAGUACGGCUAAUGGAAGUUCUUUUGCUCCAACACAUAAGGAAGUUAUUGAGUUUGAGUGUUUGGAUAACAAGGUGUUGGAAGACCUUCUUGAGUCCGAAGUGAAAAGAAGGAACGAAGACUAAUUGGAACUCAUUUUUUCCUCCUUUUGUAUUAAAAUCUUAAUUUGUGUUUUAGGGUUCAAAUUGAUUUUCAAAAAUCUUCAUCCUCCCUCCCCCGUUUUUUUACUGUCUUUGACAUUGAUUGAAUUAAUCUUAAUCUGUAUGCUUUUAAAA